AUGUUUAAAAUGCCUCCUCAGAAGGAUCCAGACAAGUUCUUCACGUCUAUCAGUAAUGGAGAGAAUAAGCAAUUUGACUAUUUACGCGCUUUAUAUGAGGGUUGCAUUGCUGGAGGUGUUGCUGGUGUUGCUGUAGAAGCAGCUUUAUACCCCAUUGAUACCAUCAAAACACGACUACAGGUUGCUCGUGCUGGACUAAAAAUUGAUUUCAAAGGUUUGUAUUCUGGAUUGGCUGUAAACCUUGCUGGUUCCUUACCAGCUUCUGCAAUUUUUAUUGGUGUGUAUGAACCAGCAAAGCAGAAAUUGCUGGAGAUCUUCCCUGAGAAUCUAAAUGCUCUGGCUCAUAUUGCUGCAGGUGCUAUUGGAGGAGCCGCUUCUUCUCUUGUUCGUGUUCCAACUGAGGUUGUUAAGCAAAGGAUACAAACCGGUCAGUUCAAAUCAGCCUCAUCUGCUGUCCGUCUUAUCAUUGCUAAUGAGGGUUUUAAAGGUCUUUUUGCGGGAUAUGGAUCUUUCUUAUUGCGAGAUUUACCAUUUGAUGCUUUAGAAUUAUGCAUCUAUGAACAGCUCCGUAUCGGGUAUAAAGUAGCGGCAAAAAGAGAUCUGAAUGAUCCAGAGAAUGCUAUGAUUGGGGCUUUUGCUGCUGCAAUAACUGGAGCAGUUACAACUCCACUUGAUGUAAUAAAAACCAGAUUGAUGGUUCAGGGAACACAAAAACAUUACAAUGGCAUAUGUCAUUGUGUUAGGACAAUAGUUAAAGAAGAAGGAGCUAAUGCUCUUUUUAAGGGUAUUGGGCCAAGAGUGUUGUGGAUAGGAAUAGGUGGUUCAAUAUUUUUUGGUGUUCUUGAGAAGACAAAGAAAGUUCUUGCUCAGAGGAACCCUCAAACUGAUGCUGAGAAAUGA